UGUCAUACACCCGAGACACGAACCUUGGACUGUAUAAAAGGAAGGUUUAACCGUUUACAUAAACUGUUAAAAAUGAAACAAUGCUGGUAAUCGAAACUCUAUUCCCGCGGUGGACAAUAAAAGUAGUUGCAAACAUGUCGACUUUGUUUGCGUGAUAUUCCAUUUGCUGUGAAGUACAGCCGUCACAUUUCAAACGUCUUUAAGAGCCGCCAGUGCAUUGUAGACUCGCGCGGUGGACGGAGCAUUCACGUUAUUUUGGUCCAUCUUUUCUCGGGAAAUAAACCUCGUUGUUCCAUAUAUUUCGAUCGAGUAAAAAGAUGCGGUUAUUUGUGUUAAUGCUUUUUAUUGCUCCAAUACUCUCGGCCACAAACAAUUUCACCAAAAUUGUUUACACCGGGAACCAUGACAUUAUCAGAAUUGUAGUACCUAUUAACAUCAUCAACAACCAUAGGAGUGGCCAAGCUACUGUUAAUAGAGGGCUAUUUUUUUUCUUUGUGGAAGCCGACCUUUCAAACGGUAAAGAUUAUAAAGGACUCUAUGUUUUCAAUAACGGCACAGUCACCAAAUUAUUAGACGAUGGCACUGAUGUAACAACAACAAAUAAUGAAACUGACCAAGCUUUCUUUGCAACUAAACGUGGCAUAUAUGUAUAUAACUACGAAAAGAAUACAGCAAAUAAAUAUGGCAAUUUUAAUGAAGACCUAAUUAGUAUUGCCAAUGUGAAAGGGAAUGAUGCAAUUUUUGUUCUUACGAAAGAUAAAAAGGUCUUAAAAAUUGUUGAUCAUGGUAAUAAGAAAAUUAAGACAAACUUAGCAAAUGUCGACCAAAUAAUGCUUGAUUAUUCAAACAAUCUUUACUUUUUAAUUGGGAAAGACCCUUAUGUAGUAACAGCAAGAGGAGUUAAAAAAGUCGAAGGUUUACCUGCAAAUCCAAAUUACGUUGGGCUCGCAAACGAUGUAGUGUCUGUGGACGAAGGAGUUCUUUUUAUAUCGGAUAAUCGCAUUUUUGAGAUUGCCAAAAAUGGUACUGCAAAAAAAUUUACUAAAAAUGAAUUCAAUGAAAUGAAUCAAGGUAAUGAAUUCAAAGGCACACCUACAGCGAUUUCCAUGGAGGCAAUUAUAGUAAACUACUAUGCUUACGAUAAAAAAAUCUACGAAAGUUAUGUAACAGAAGCCUAUUUCUCUACAAUAGACUCAGCAAUUGAAUCCUUUUUGGAGAAGUUUGGUAUAACUCUUUAGUACGGAAAUACGUGAGUUUGAAGCACACGGAAAACUCAAUACUCCACUUAUACAGAUUGUAACAAUGUAAUUUUCCAUAUUUUCUAUACACUGCGCAUUUUUUUCAUUAGAAAAGUAUCAUUUCUUACCACAACAACACAAAGUUGUUGCGAAAUCGUGAAAUUGAUUAGACUCUACUACUUUUCGAAUGUAAAGCAGAUUCUCCUGAGAACAAUGAUCAGAAAACUCUUGUGGUUGAUCUUUGGAAAUUAACAUUUGGACACAUUUUAUCAUUUACAAUAUUUGUUUGAAACAUAACAAACAAAACAUAUGAUAACAAACUCCUAGAACUAAA